UUCUUUUAUUGGCUUAUGAGUAAUGUCAUUAUUUGUUUAAUGUUAGCAGAGUUCUUCCCAGCUGGAGAUAUUGCUUCUCUUGUGUACCUGUGGAAUCCUUUCACAAUUGUUGCAUGUGUGGGUUUGUCCACAUCUCCAAUCGAAAAUCUAGCCAUUGUGCUUACGCUCUAUGGAGCAUCUAAAGGACAAGUUCCAUUGGCUGCUUUUGGAUUUGUGGUGGCGACUCAUCUAUCUCUUUAUCCUAUAAUUCUUAUAAUUCCGGUAGUCCUUCUACUAGGUAAUGGCUUAGAUGCUCCUCCUAGGAAAUUGUUCUUGCAAAGGAGUAGUAGUAGAGUUGUUGUGGGACCUUCACGUGAUAGCUGUAGCCAGCAGGAGGAAGUGAUCAAUCAGUCUGAAGUACCAAAUGGUUUCUCAUUGAGACCAGUCAUGUAUUUCUUAUUAUGGGUUUCUUUAUUUUCUGUGUAUCUGCUGCUUCUCUGUGGCGUAUCUCUUAAACAAUUUGGUGGACUCUGGGAGAUGUUUAGAAGGUAUGGAUUUUUUAUUUAGAACUUUCUGCCAUAUAUUUAUUAAUGUACCCGUUGACACUUCGCAUUUCUCAUACCAAAAUGAACAUAUGCCUACUUCACCCAGUACACAAGUGCGAUUGUGAUAGGUCAGUGAUGAAUAUGCACAUUUCAGGUCCUCCUUCACCCUUCCUUAGUCUUUAAGGAUGGGGAGGUGU